UACUGCGUGGUGCUGGUAGGAGACACAUGCGAUACUGUACUGUACUUGCGUGCGUGUAAUAUCGAGAUUUAGCUGCAAGUUCUUCUCGAUAAACGAUUCUGCAAGGUGGUUUUAAUUUUUAACCUAAUAUCUUGCUGCGUUAAUCUUUGUAGAUCGCAUAUCUUGCAUCGCAUAGGAUGCGCCCGAGCUUACGGUUAGAAUUCCGUUAAUGUGCUCGCUGUUUACCUGGAAGCGAACGACGUUUUUUUAAUUAGCCUACCGGUAAAUAGUUAAUUCGGCGGGAUUCAGGAACGUUAUACAGUAUCGGUCGCUGAUGAUGACGUAAGGUGACAGUACGCGGCGGAACGAUAGUCAUUAUUAUUAGUAACUCUGCGCAUUGGCCUGGGCACGGAUAAUUUGUCGUCGUAGCACUCGUUAACUUUUGCUGAUCCGUUGACGAAUGGUGGCUGUCGUAAUUGGACAGACCAGGCUGCAGUCAUUCAAAUCCCUUGAUUAUCAUUUGUUACCAAUUUGAUUGCACCAAGAACACGGUGUCUGCCCACUGCAGCCGUCCGAUUGCAAGUGUAGUGUAUAGUACGCUUUACUUGAAAGUGUCCUGUUUUGGUUCACGAAGACACAUAUACACAUUCGCAGCAGUAAUAGCAACUCGCCAUGUAUCCCAUUAUGUCAUGGCGAGUGCGUACUAGUUACAAUGAACGAUCUUCUUGGCCUGCUGUGACGUCCCAUUUCGCGGUGAGCAACCUUAUAACGUCUACCGAAUUCCCACUAAACUCAUCCACGAUAAAUUGCUGCCUGCCAUCGUCAAGUAUCAGCGAAAGGGGAUAAUUUGAUGGUUAUGCUUCAUUGAAUUUCACUUGCCUUUUCCGCUAUAUAUUCUCUCUUAUCCCUCCUAUAUACCGUAUCUGUACGCGUUUCAUCAUUGGAAGAGGAAGUAGUACAGCAGCCGGAGAUACAAGACAUAAGAUUGAUUGUUGUGGAAAGUUUUCUUGCCGAAAUUUUGUUUGACUUGGUCUCAUCCGAGUCAAGUAAUGUCUUUAAAUGGGCGCUGACAACUGUCAUUUACGCUUAAAAAUGACACAUGCGACGAUUGAAACGCUGUUUUGAACGUUUUUUGUUAAUCCUGGAUCACAUCUCCAAGUCAUUGUCAGCGAUACAUCGUUGCGCCGGAUUACUUGACCUUACUAUACUUCGCAGUGCGUGUCGUUUCGGGCCAUGAUGCUGUGCUAAACUACAGCAUACGGACUAUUUUACCUGAAUUUAGCGCGAGAUUUGUUUCGUACCCAUGAUACCGUUAACUUGGGAAGAAUACGAUUUAUUGUGUGAGCGAUCGCUUUGUCAGGCCGUGCAACCGACCAGAGUUGCGCCCUGGACCGGAACGUGCAUGCUGCUGUGCAGCAUUGCCUAUCUGGACUUUCCUUGCCAUCCGUACAAAUCUGCAGGAUGCCGCUCUUCUUUCUGCUUUUGUUCCGACGGCAACUGGCGGAACAAAAACAAAAGCAGAAGAGACAAGCGCGGGCUGGCGGCCUUCGUCAAAAUACCGAACCUGCUACAAAUCAGUACGUUUACAGCCGACCACAGACGGCAAAAACAAAAAAUCGAGAAGAAUCCAAACCGCUGAUGGACGUGUCGUCUGCCAGUAGCUCGGUCGUAACACCGCUUCACGGCUAUGAUGGCCCGCUGCAGUUUGCUGUGAAUGGUCCGGAUGGUUUCUCCAUCAGCCCGGCAACGGUGGAGGUUACUCCUAGCGCCACUACACACCAGAUCACUUCAAGUGUUUCCCACAAUUUUCUCUCAGAACGAGAGGAGGUCAGUCGAACCGAUACGGAGAUGACCUUUGCCCCACUGAUGGAUUUCGAGGCAGCUGGAACCGAGACGACUCCCAUUAUUCCCAUGGAAAGAAUUCCCCCUAAUAGUCUUGGCCGCCCAAUAAACGGCAAUACUUCUAGCACUCCAAAUGUGGAUUUGUUAUCUGGCCACAAUAAUCCAGCGCUACAAGAUCUGGAUUCCGCAAGUGAUCCAAACUUUCCCUUUGAUGCGGCUGAUGUGGCGGAACAUCCGGAAGCAUUUUCGGUUAAACCUGCUCCACAGGGAAUAACCGUGCGAUGCCGCAUCACGCGAGACAGGAAAGGCAUGGAUCGGGGUUUGUUCCCCACUUACUAUCUUCAUCUUGAACGUGACGAAACGAAAAAGCCAAUCUUUUUGCUGGCCGGGAGAAAGAGGAAAAAGAGCGCAACCUCUAAUUAUCUUAUCUCAACGGACCCAACCAAUCUCACUCGAGGCGGAGAAUCUUUCGUCGGCAAGCUUCGAUCGAAUUUGCUUGGAACCCAUUUCACUGUGUUUGACAGUGGAGAUAAUCCUAAAAAAGGCGGUGUCCUGGGAAGUUUCGAGGGGGCACAGAGAAAGGAACUGGCGGGCAUCAUUUAUGAAACAAAUGUUCUUGGUUUCAAAGGCCCCAGAAAGAUGACGGUGCUGUUGCCGGGGCUUAAUUAUGAAAAUGAAUACGUUGAUUUUCGUAGCACUAGCGAAGAAGACGGUAUUGUGGAGCGCUGGAGAAAUCACAAAGUUGAAAACAUAAUUUGCCUGCAUAAUAAAACUCCUGUGUGGAACGAAGAAACCCAAUCAUACGUUUUGAAUUUCCAUGGAAGAGUCACUCAAGCAUCCGUAAAGAAUUUUCAGAUUGUGCCUGAUAAUGACGUCGAAUACAUUGUCAUGCAAUUUGGGCGUGUCGCGGAGGAUGUGUUUACGAUGGAUUACUGCUAUCCCAUGUGUGCCCUUCAAGCCUUUGCCAUUGCGCUUAGCAGUUUCGAUGGGAAAUUGGCCUGCGAAUGAGUGCCCUUUAAUUCACGGAAGAUUUUAUACUUUGCAUUCCCUUAUUUUUUAACAUCUGCUUUACCUGAAUACUUUUACCCAAAGGAUCUCGCUAUGGAUUUCUUUCAUGAAAUCUCGUGAUUAACUCGCCAAAGCGGAAAAACGGCAGUUUGCCUGAAAAUAUCAUCUGCAUCAAUUCCCCCUCUUUAUAUGGAUCCCUGAUCCAUACGCGAACCACGGUGAAAGUUCAGCGGUUAUGAUUUGAAUUUGUUAUCUGUAUUAGCAGCAGUUUUCUCGGACGUUCUCUUUUACAUCUUGAUCUCAAUGAUAAUUUUUGGUCAAAACCGGUGCUUUUUUAUUAGUAUUUGCUAUGCUUACUCUGUACAACCGUGUUUUGAUUUUUCUUAAAACACUAAACCCGUCCAGUGAGAUUAUUCUGGUUUACUAGUUCUGCGAAUGAAAAACUA